GGGUUUAUUUUUGAUAAGCUGGAAAUUCGUUGGGUAUAUAUAUAUAUAUAACCUUGGUCAUUCUUCCAUACCAACACAAAACCUUUCUUCUUUCUUUCUCUUCCCCCUUUAGUCAAAGGGAUUCAUCUCUCAUCUCUCAUCUCUCAUCUCUCAAAGGUUGUUUUUAGAAGUGCAAAAUGGUGAAGAUUUGCUGCAUUGGUGCUGGAUAUGUGGGGGGUCCUACUAUGGCAGUCAUUGCCCUGAAGUGCCCAUCCGUUGAAGUGGCUGUUGUUGAUAUCUCUAAAACCCGCAUUGCAGCCUGGAACAGCGACACGCUUCCAAUCUACGAGCCUGGCCUUGAUGAUGUUGUCAAGCAAUGCCGCGGCAAGAACCUGUUCUUCAGCACAGAUGUUGAGAAGCAUGUCUUUGAGGCUGACAUAGUAUUUGUCUCUGUCAACACCCCAACCAAAACCCAGGGUCUUGGAGCUGGCAAAGCAGCAGAUUUGACUUAUUGGGAAAGCGCGGCUCGUAUGAUUGCUGACGUCUCAAAGUCUGACAAAAUCGUGGUUGAGAAAUCCACUGUCCCUGUCAAAACUGCCGAGGCAAUUGAGAAAAUCCUGACCCAUAACAGCAAGGGAAUCAAGUUCCAGAUUCUAUCAAACCCGGAAUUUCUCGCUGAGGGAACCGCAAUUGAGGAUCUUUUCAAACCAGACCGGGUUCUUAUCGGAGGAAGGGAAACCCCAGAAGGCCAGAAAGCCAUUCAAGCACUGAAGAGUGUUUAUGCUCAUUGGGUACCUGAGGAAAGAAUCCUCACCACAAAUCUCUGGUCUGCUGAGCUAUCUAAGCUUGCUGCUAAUGCCUUCUUGGCCCAAAGGAUUUCAUCUGUCAAUGCCAUGUCAGCGCUUUGUGAGGCAACUGGUGCAAAUGUCCAACAAGUGGCAUAUUCUGUUGGUACUGACUCAAGGAUUGGACCGAAGUUCCUCAACGCCAGUGUUGGUUUUGGUGGGUCUUGCUUCCAGAAGGACAUCUUGAACCUUGUCUACAUCUGCGAGUGCAAUGGCCUCCCGGAGGUGGCAGAGUACUGGAAACAAGUGAUCAAGAUCAACGACUACCAGAAGAGCCGGUUCGUGAACCGUGUGGUUGCAUCCAUGUUCAACACAGUUUCAAACAAGAAGAUUGCUAUCCUCGGAUUCGCCUUCAAGAAAGACACCGGGGACACAAGGGAGACCCCAGCAAUUGAUGUGUGCCAGGGUCUACUUGGUGACAAAGCCAACCUGAGCAUAUAUGACCCACAAGUGACUGAGGAACAAAUCCAGAGGGAUUUGUCAAUGAACAAGUUUGAUUGGGAUCACCCUAUCCACUUGCAACCCUUGAGUCCCACAACUGUGAAGAAAGUGAGUGUGGUUUGGAAUGCUUAUGAAGCAGUGAAAGAUGCACAUGCCAUUUGCAUUAUGACUGAGUGGGAUGAGUUCAAGACUCUUGAUUAUCAGAAGAUAUAUGAUAACAUGCAGAAACCAGCAUUUGUUUUUGAUGGCAGGAACAUUGUGGAUGCUGAUAAGUUGCGCGAGAUUGGCUUCAUUGUGUACUCCAUUGGUAAGCCACUGGAUCCAUGGCUCAAGGACAUGCCAGCUGUGGCAUAAAAUGGAUCAUUGACCAAGUACUACCACACACUCGUAUGUUGUUGAGGCACUCAAGUUUGAUUCUUUAUUAUUUUUUGUUGUUAAGAGUUUCUAUUUUCCUUCUCCUUACUUUCCCCAUAGUAGUUGACAUAAAGGGGUAUACAUCAGGGGAAAGUAGGAGGACUCUAUGUUUUGUUUUGUACUCCAAUUCAUUACUUCAUGGCUGUUAAGAAUGUACUAGGAAACUUGUUAUGUUUGAUUAAUGUUUUGUUUUGAUCA